CUCCGUCCCUCCGUCCCUCCGUCCCUCCGUCCCUCCGUCCCUCCGUCCGUCCCUCCCGCCCGCCCGGGUCCGCCCGCCCGGGUCCGCCCGCAGCGGGAGCCGCGCCGGGAGCCGCGGAGGAGCAGGCGAGGAGCGGCGGCCGCGGCCCGCGGGAGCCACAAGUGAGGAGGCGCCGCGUUCCGGGCGCAGCGGGCGGCGCAGCGGGCGCGGGAGAGGCCGGCGAGCCCCGACCCGGCCCGACCUCGACCUCCACCAGGACCCGGCCCGACCCGACCCGACCCGACCCCGACCUCCACUAGGACCCGGCCCGGCCCGGCCCGACCUCGACCUCGACCUCCACCAGGACUGUGCGCUGGUUGGCGGCGGCCCGCGUGGCGCUCGCUGCAGGCGCGUCCGGAGCGGCCGGUCCCGGGAACAUGCGGCGCGCCUGGGUCCUGCUCGCCCUGGGCCUGGCGGCCUGCGCGGCGGCGGCGGCGAGGGCGGAGCUGACCUCCGACAAGGACAUGUACCUGGACAACAGCUCCGUUGAGGAAGCCUCGGGAGUGUAUCCCAUCGACGACGACGACUAUGCCUCCGCUUCAGGCUCGGGAGCUGAUGAGGAUGGAGAGAGCCCCGAGCCGACGGCGUCCCGGCCGCUCCCCAACGCAGGGCCCACGAGCGCCGUCCCUGCCGCGGAGGCCACGACGCUGAAGACCCGUGGGAAGGUGCCUGCCCAGAUGGAGUCCCCUGAAGAAAUCGAUGAGGACAAAGUCCACCUCUCUGACUCCGAAAGGAAGGUGGACCCGUCCGACGAGGACGCAAACGUGUACACGGAGAAGCACUCGGACAACCUGUUUAAGCGAACGGAAGUCCUGGCGGCUGUCAUCGCUGGCGGCGUGAUCGGCUUUCUCUUUGCGAUUUUCCUUAUCCUGCUGUUGGUGUAUCGCAUGAGGAAGAAGGACGAGGGGAGCUAUGACCUUGGAGAACGCAAACCUUCCAGUGCUGCUUAUCAGAAGGCCCCCACUAAGGAGUUUUACGCGUGAAACUCCCACCUAGUGUCUCUAUUUAUGAGAUCACUGAACUCUUAAAAAUAAAGCUUUUGCAUAGAACAAUGAAGAUCUUUGUUUUUUGUUUUUUUCUGUUUUUUUUUGUUUGUUUUUUUUUUUCAUUAAAGAGCCAUUGUGGCACUUUGAUGAUUAAAAAAAAAAAAAAGUCCAAAUUGUAUUUAAAGCUUUCCAUGUAUUUCUUUAGGACGACGUAAAAUUAAAGCUUAACAUCCGCGGUGUUCUGUGAAUAGCAGUGGCAAAAUAUUAUGUUGUGAAAAUCCUCUCUGUUCAUGGAAUCGGUUUGGACUUUCACGCGCAAAUACAAAAAUGGUUGUUUUUAUCCUACGGUUCGAAGAUGAGAGCUGUUCAGUUUGCGUCCGCAUGUCUCCGAUCGACCUUGACCAACGUGGUCUUUGUUAAUUUAUCUGUUGUUCCCCUCUCCUCUGCUCUUCCCCCUUGUCCCCUUGAAAACGCAACAAGACUCUCUGCCUUUUGUAGCUGUUACGGUGCAAUUUGUCUCUGGAUAAUUCAGACAAUGGUAAUUUAGUGUAUAUGUGAUUUUCAAAUAUGUAAACUUUAACCUCCACUUUGUAUAAAUUUUUAAGUGUCAGACUAUCCAUUUUACACCUGCUUUGUUUUUCAUUACCUGUAGCUUCAGGCAGAUUUGCAACAGCAAAUUAAUGUGUAAAAUUGGAUUAUUACCACGAAAACUGUUCAGUCGUAGCUGUCUAAUCAGAUCUUCUCUCGGGAGGAUUUGAUGCGAGUUACUGACGAGCCUCAGCAAACCCAAAGACGCUAACAGUAUUUUGAGAAGUUGCUGCAGAUUCCUUUGGCCGCUGUAUUUGUUGAUUUCUUGCAAUUUGAAGGUACGAGUUAGGGGUUUAAGGAAAAAAAAAAUCAGUUUCUGUUCUUAAAAAUGCAUUUAAGUUGUAAACGUCUUUUUAAGCCUUUGAAGUGCCUAUGAUUCUAUGUAACUCGUCGCAGACUGGUGUUCAUGAGAAUAUAUAUCGGUUUAAAAAAAGUUGGUAUUUUAUAAGCACAGACAAUUCUAAUGGUAACUUUUGUAGUCUUACGAAUAGACAUAAAUUGUAAUUUGGGAACAUAAAAACUACUGAAUAAAUCACGUGGCCUAAUAUUGAAAA